AUGGGUCGCAAGGUCGGUCCUGCCACGUCUCGGAUGGGCGGGGACUCUGACAGUCGGAGGUUCAAAUCCUUCCGUCGGCAAUUCUUUUUGUUAACUGUUCUAUCCUGUAUUGUCUUUUUCGUUAUUGCCCCUCCUCUGUUCAUGCUGGCUGUUGGUCUCUGUUGUACCUUUUAUGCUGCAGGCCAUGAUUCAAACCACGAUCCCUCCCGUCACAGUCGUGAGCUCUUUGGCGGGGAGCCUUUGUUUGGCUCACCAAUGACUGUGAAGCAAAUACAGCAGCCACACGGCGACUUGAUAAUGCUCCUGAGCGCAUGGUCACCAGGAACCUACAUUGAAUGA